CAGCAUUGCAGGCGGAUAAGCAGACGGUCACAUUGAUUACAGCUGGAAACUGGGGUGAAAAAAAUUGGAAAAUUUUAUCAAUCAAUUAAAAUAUGACCGAGCUGCUGAUUGACCCGGACAUCCGCGUGUGGGUGUUCCUCCCCAUCGUGCUGAUCACGUUCCUGGUGGGCAUUGUACGCCACUAUGUCUCCAUUUUGAUAUCCACACAGAAGAAGGCGGAGAUCACCCAGAUCCAGGACAGCCAAGCGAUGAUCCGGGCGCGACUGCUGCGCGAGAACGGCAAGUAUCUGAGCGCCCAAAGCUUCUCCAUGCGAAAGAACUACUUCAACAACGAGGAGACCGGCUACUUCAAGACCCAAAAGCGGGCACCUGCAGCCCAGAACUCCAGCGCCAUGCUCACCGACAUGGUCAAGGGUAACUUUAUUAAUGUCUUGCCCAUGGUGAUUAUUGGUGGCUGGAUCAACUGGAUGUUCUCGGGUUUCGUCACCACCAAGGUGCCCUUCCCGCUGACUCUGCGCUUCAAGCCCAUGCUGCAGCGGGGCGUGGAGCUGGCCUCCCUGGAUGCCGCCUGGGUCUCCUCGGCCUCCUGGUACUUCCUCAAUGUGUUCGGCCUGCGCUCCAUCUACACACUGGUCCUCGGCGAGAACAACCACGCCGAUCAGACCCAAGCCCAGGCGGAUGCCAUGACUGGCGCUGCAAUGACCAUGCCGCAGGACCCGAAGGCGGCCUUCAAGGCCGAGUGGGAGGCGCUGGAGAUCACCGAGUACCACAAUGCACUCAAGAACAUCGACACGGACAUGCUGGCGAUGGCCACGGAUAAGAGCUCGGAGUAACUGGGCUGGCUUAUUGUAAUUAAGAUAUUUUAGCAAAUUCCCAAUGUAACAAAACCGAUUUUGUUUAGAGUCAAAGAGGGUUAAAAUAAAGAUUGUUGUGACGGUAAAUCCUGGGUCCUGAGUCCAGGAAAUUACAAAAUCAAAAA